UAAAUAUAUACCACGUUGACACGCGUCCGCAAUUUCGGAUCUGCUUGACCCCAUAAUGUCGAUCGGUUCCUUUAUCUCGGUGCUGUCUGUGGCGCUGGCGCUGGCCGUUGCGCAGGCUGCGCGCACUGCUGUAGUGCUGGAAUCUCCGGAGCUGCAGAAGACGCACUCCAAAUUCUUCAAGCUGCUUGAAGCCCGCGGCCAUGAGCUGAGCUUCUUCUCCGGCGAGGAGGAGCAACCGUUGGAGCUGGAACUCUUUGGAGAGCGCACGUACGAGAACCUGGUGCUGUUUACGCCCCAGAAGGCGCUGGGCUCCCUGCGCAAGUCUGACCUGCUGCAUUUCGUGGAGGAGGGCGGCAACGUGCUGUUGUCGGCUAGUAAGAAGAUUACUAAGGUGCAGCGCGAGUUUGCGCUCGAGUGCGGCGUCGAGUUCGAGAAGAAGGGCAAUGUCGUGCUGGACCACGUCAAUCCCAUCGCGGACGAAGACGAUAUUUACAACUCGGUGAUCGCCGCCAAGGACUUCGUAGCCUCGGAGCGUGUGGUUGGAUCGCUUGCUUCUAAGCCCAAGACCGUCGCUUUCUCCGGCGUGGGCAUGUCGCUCGAGCCGAACAAGAUCCUGGCCUUCCACGCUCUCAUGGCUCCUGCCACCGCGUACUCCGCCAACCCGGUGAAGCCCAUCACAGACAAGGUAGUGGCCAGUGACUUGCUCUUCGGCAAUCAGAUCGGCUUAGUGACUGCCGUCCAGGGCCGCAACAACGCCCGUCUUGUCUUCGCUGGCUCGCUCGAUCUCUUCAGCGACAAAUAUUUCGACAACAAGGACUUCGCCAACGCCGAGUUUACCGACGCCGUGACCAAAUGGGGCUUCCAGGAGAGUGGCGUUCUGCGCAUGACCAACGUGAAGCACCACCGCGAGGACGGCUCGCAGCCGGCCAAGAUGUUGAGCGACGCGAACCGUGGCGACCAGCCGAUCACGCUCUACCCGGACGCUGAGGUGGCGCGUGAUUCGCUUGUGUACCGUGUGAAAGACAAUCUCACGUACUCUCUGGACCUCCACGAGCUCAAGGAUGGAAAAUGGGUGCCGUACAAAGCGGAUGAUGUGCAACUUGAGUUCGUUAUGCUUGACCCGCACGUGCGCACGACGCUGACCCACGACAAUAAGGGUCAUUUCUCGGUGACAUUCCAGGCUCCCGACGUGUAUGGUAUCUUUCUCUUCCGUGUGAUGUAUCGCCGUCUGGGUCUCUCUACGAUCUAUACGACUACGCAGGUGUCACUGCGCCCGUUCAAGCACGACGAAUACGAACGCUUCAUUCCCGCUGCAUACCCGUACUACGCCUCGGCCUUCUCGAUGAUGGCUGGUGUGUUCCUCUUCAGCGUGUACUUCCUGUUUUACGAUGGUAAGAAGUAAGAAUGCGGACGUAAACGCCGCUUCUGCGUCUGAGACUCGAGUCUAGCAGAAAAUGAAGACUCAUGCCUGUAAAGGGUGACGAAACUCAUCAAUUCAAUUGAUUGGCCUUCAACUGGUUAUCGUUAUCUGUGUG